AUGCAACGCGUGUUUAGUGCCGAAUGCACGGGGAUCGUGAUCAAAUAUAUGUUUGUUGGAGGACCUAGUGUUUCUUUCAGCACCUCGGAAGUUGCCAAGUUGGUGUCACGUCUUCGGCCUCGUGUGCAGUUUCGUCGUAUGCCUGUGAACUCAGUAGGCGAUCGUGUGCCAAAUCGAAAUUAUGCUUUAGUUAUCCAGCCCUUGACGAUUGCAUUUCAAUUCAAUAGUCACUUAGCCAUCGAGUGGAUACGUGACAUAUCCAUGUUUUGCUCAUCUCCUCUUGAUCCGUCCAACUACAAUCAACUUUCUUCAAGUGAUUUGCUUCAGAUAUUUCAUCAGGCGGUGCAAGAUUUUCUCGUUUUGAUUAUCAUACACAGUACUUUUUCUACUACAAACUUUAUUUCCAGUGAUGAUAUAUCAGUUGGUGGCUCAGGUGCUCCUCCACGGUGCCUUCGCCUUCAUCGUGAGGUAGUUUCUGCCGCUCGUCGCCUUGUUGGUCAUGGCUAUCUUCCUAUUGGCACCUCAAAUAUCUCCUUGAGUGAUUCCGAACGACAUGCUCGGUGUUGGUUAAGCGAACACUUUGAUCUUCUUUUAGGUGAGCCGAAAAUGUUCGAUUCUAUGAUGAUCAUUGCGGAUCACUUGAUGUCUUCAGCUCCCGCAUCGAAAGGUCAUCGAUUACAACAUACUGCUGGGCUUUGGCUUUAUACAGGUUAG